CGCAGACGCCGUCGUCAACACAGUCACGUUUGUUUAUUUUGAUUCAUCCUUUUCUGGAUCGUCGCGUUUCCCGAAACGGUGUCGGUCUGCAGCCGGAGCACCAGUUUCAGGUGGACGGUGUGACAUUUCAGGAGCAUGGCCGACGGUCCAGAGGCACAGGCUGAUGGUGACGACCCGCCCAGUAUCAAUUUCCCUCCGCUCAUCACAGUUUCUGAUCUGCCCAGUGCUACUGCUGCAGGCCGUAACCUGAAGGAAUGGCUUCAGGAGCAGUUCUGCGACAAACCUCUGGAGCAGGACGACAUGCGGCUCCACAAUGCAGCCUAUGUGGGAGAUUUGGACACGCUGAGGAACCUGCUGCAGGAAGACGACUUCAGACGGCGUAUCAAUGAGAAGUCUGUGUGGUGCUGUGGCUGUCUGCCCUGCACCCCUCUGCGGAUCGCAGCCACAGCAGGACACGCUGCCUGCGUGGCCUAUCUGAUCGGCCAGGGAGCCGAGGUGGACCUAGUUGAUGUCAAAGGCCAGACAGCCCUCUACGUAGCCGUGGUCAACGGUCACCUGGAGUGUGUCCGGAUCCUCCUUGAAGCCGGGGCUGAUCCCAACGGAAGCCGACACCACCGCAGCACCCCCCUGUACCACGCUGCACGGGUGGGGCGGCUGGACGUACUGCGGGAGCUCAUCAGGUUCAAUGCUGAUGUAGACAUGGACCACCAGCUGGGUCCCCGGCUCCUCUUAAGUGCCCGCACCCUCAACACUUUGGUAGUGUGUCCUCUCUACAUCAGCGCUGCCUACCACCACCUCCACUGUUUCCAGCUGCUGCUCCAGGCCGGCGCGCAGCCUGACUUCAACUACACCGGGCCUGUCUGCCACGAGGCCCUGACCCGCGGCCUGGCUUCCUGCCUGCUGGAUGCGGUGCUGCGUCAUGGAUGUGAGGAAGCCUUCAUCCACCUGCUGCUGGACCACGGGGCCAACCCGGCUCUUGUUCCCUGGGAUGAGUCAGAGCUGGAGGCUCCCAACCGUAGGAAGGUGGAUCCCGAGGCGCUCAGGGUCUUCCUGGAGGCGAGGAGAUGCCCUCGUAGGCUGACACACUUGUGUCGCAUCAGGAUCCGCAAAGCGAUGGGGAAAAAUCGUCUAAACCACAUACCCUCAUUACCUCUACCAGAGCCCAUCAAGAACUUCCUGCUUCACCAGAACUGACAACCACCCACCUUCUCAUCUUCUACAGAGCUCAUCCGACCCGAUCCAGAAAACCUCAGUCAAUCUCACUGACAGGCCCCACGAUAGUGAACCAAAUUUGCUAAUUGCUUAUUAUUUUCUAAUAAUAAACACUUAUUAAGCACUUUAAAGUCAACAAUUCUGUAAGACUUCUAUCUUCCGGUUAACUGUAAUCAUUUAUUGAAAUGCUUCUUAACUUAUGAGAGAAGCUUUAAUGUGUCCUGACUUGUGGAAACUACAUGUAUAUCGUAGAUGAUUGCCUUGUGACUUCCCAAAUCGCCAGGAUAUGUCCUGGUCCUACUUCAAGUAGCAUGUUUCAGCUUAACAGCCACAGUGAGAAUCUCAUUUUAUUUGCUAUAAAAACACGCCAUGUAGUAAAUGACUCAUUCAGAGGCAGAGGAACAGUAUUCAGAUCCAGCUCCUUGGAUUGCUCAUUUAUAUGUUUUAUGUAAAGCUGAAUUUAAAGCCUUUUACCAACUCUCAGCCAGAGUGGAUGGCAAAAUGUGCAACCCAGAAUUCCUAAGUUUGUACCGCAGUUUGUUGCUAUUUUAUUUCUACUUCUUUGGAUGCGUUAACCACACAGAUGAGGCUGGCAAUGUAAGGGCUGGGCUCUGCUCUGUUUACAUUGAAUGCUGGGUUGUGAUAGAUUAUUAUUUAGCCGUGUGCCUUAACAUUGAGUUUUGGAAAAAUGGCCUCAAGAUUGAUCAAACCAGAAAUACUAACGAUAAACCUAAAUAAUAAAAUGUGAAGAUUUAUUAUUAAAGCCGUAAAAGGAGCAAUUUAAAACUGGGGUGGGCAGUAAUUUUCUGGCGUCAAUGGGCAAAAAUUUAAUUUCAGUAUAUUGUAACUCAAGAGAUGUGAGGGCAAACUAUAUGUCUGCAUCUCCUCUUGGCUCUGGUUUCAGGCCUUAGGAAAUCUAGCCCGUGACCUGAGACUUUGGCCAAUCACAGGUCUUCUCAGAGAGAGUUCCUGUUGCAAAUGCGUGUGCAUAUCCCUUCAGAUGGAUAUGUGUCAAUAUCAGUGAAGCGUUUCAGAGAGGGAGAGACCUUGCUGCACUUCUCCAGGAUAGGUAACAGGCUGGUAGCUUCAUUUUCCUGUAAUAUCUAAAUGUGUGGUCGUGGUUGGUUGUGAAGAUAGAUUUACCAUGAAAGCAAAUGAUGAGUGGCUAUGUCGAAUGUUACUAAUAGUUUAGCCUUCUGCUAACCGUAUCCUAAGGCUCACGGCUACCACUGUGUUGCUUGUGUGUAUGAAACGCGUGUAUACGUGGAGGGUGGCUGUAUUUUCAAAUUCUGGGUUUUUGUGUUUUGUUUUUUUUUUUUUUUUUUUUUUUUUUUUUUUUUUUCUAGAGUUCUGCCUACCCCACCUUUAAGGUCCUGGAUCCUGACUAAGACAAAAGCAGCAAGUUAGAACUGUUAAUGUACGUGUUAACAUCAAAAACAACAAAGGAGACUUUGUAGAAAACUUACACUGUUAUAGCACAUUUAAGGGAACUUUCUCUGUAAUGCUCACAAUCUGUUGAAAAGUGAAUGAAAUCUAUUCGUGAUGAAUAGACCAAGUUUGUAUUUAUCAGUUAGAAAGGUGCCCUCUCCGUGAGUCUGUUCUCUAUUGUGCAAUCUGUUGCACAGCUUUUUUUUCUUAUAUAUUUUUACUGUUCAACCUGUUGAAAUGUCCUUAUUUGCUUACAGUAAAUGUAAAUACUUACAGUAUG